CUUUAAGAGCCCGCUGGCGGGCCGCGGUCGCAGUGGGGGGUGCGGGGCUGUGGACAAGAGGCCCGAGUCCCGAGGCAGUGAAGUGUUCGCUCUCCUCCGCCUUCCUCCUCGCGGCAGCCUCCGCGCCCUGCGCCGCCGGCCCACCGCGGGGGUUCCACCGCCCUCGGCUCGGCCUCACCAGCCCGCCGGCUCGGCGCGCGGCAGCUCCUCCGCGAGCCCGCCGGCAACUCGCACCCCUCUCGCGCUCCCCUGGCGCCCGAGGGGGCCGCCUCGGGCCAUGGUGCCCUUCCCCGAGGAGCCCGCCGCCGCGCGGGGGACGAGCGAGGCGCAGCCGCCGGGCCCCGCGCCCACCGCGGGGGUCGCUCCGCUGCCCGGCCCGGGACCCUCGGACGGCCCCGAGGCGUCCGUGGAGAAGGUGGAGGUAGAGCUGAGCGGGCCCGCGGGCGCUGAGCCCCCGCAGCCUCCCGAGGGCGGCUGGGGCUGGCUGGUGAUGCUUGCCGCCAUGUGGUGCAAUGGGUCGGUGUUCGGCAUCCAGAACGCCUGCGGGGUGCUCUUCGUGGCCAUGCUGAAGACCUUCGGGUCCAAGGACGAUGACAAGAUGGUCUUCAAGACAGCAUGGGUAAGUUCUCUGUCCAUGGGGAUGAUUUUCUUUUGCUGCCCAAUAGCCAGUGUCUUCACAGACAUGUUUGGUUGUCGGAAGACAGCUGUUGUGGGUGCCGCUGUUGGAUUCAUUGGACUCAUGUCCAGUUCUUUUGUAAGCUCCAUCGAGCCUCUGUACCUUACCUAUGGAGUCAUAUUUGCCUGUGGCUGCUCCUUUGCCUACCAACCCUCCUUGGUCAUUUUGGGACACUAUUUCAAGAAGCGCCUCGGACUGGUGAACGGCAUUGUCACCGCUGGCAGCAGCAUCUUCACAAUUUUGCUGCCUUUCCUCUUAAGGCUUCUGACUGACAGCGUGGGCCUUUUCUACACACUGAGGGUCCUCUGCAUCUUCAUGUUUGUCCUCUUUCUGGCUAGCUUUACUUACCGACCUCUUGUUCCAAAUGCCAAAGAUAAAGAGAGUGGAACAAAAGGAGGCAACAGAUUCUCCCUCUUUUCCAGGAGGAAGUUUAGUCCUCCAAAAAAAAUUUUCAAUUUUGCCAUCUUCAAGGUGACAGCUUAUGCAGUUUGGGCAGCUGGAAUACCACUUGCACUUUUUGGAUACUUUGUGCCUUAUGUUCACUUGAUGAAAUAUGUGAACGAGAGAUUUCAAGAUGGAAAAAACAAAGAGGUGGUUCUCAUGUGCAUUGGCAUCACUUCAGGAGUUGGACGGCUGCUCUUUGGCCGGAUUGCAGAUUAUGUGCCCGGUGUGAAGAAGGUGUAUCUUCAGGUAAUUUCCUUUCUCUUCAUUGGUCUGAUGUCCAUGAUGAUUCCCCUGUGUAGGGUCUUUGGGGCCCUCAUUGCUGUCUGUCUCAUCUUGGGUCUCUUCGAUGGAUGCUUCAUUUCCAUUAUGGCCCCCAUUGCCUUUGAGUUAGUUGGUGCCCAGGACGUUUCUCAAGCAAUUGGAUUUCUACUUGGAUUCAUGUCUCUACCCAUGACUGUGGGCCCACCUAUUGCAGGGUUACUUCGUGACAAGCUGGGCUCCUACGAUGUGGCAUUCUACCUCUCUGGAAUCCCUCCCCUUAUUGGAGGUGCUGUCCUUUGUUUUAUCCCCUGGAUCCAUAGUAAGAAGCAAAGAGAGAUUGAUAAAACCACUGGAGGAGAAAAGAUGGAGAAAAUGUUGGAGAAUCAGAACUCUCUGCUGUCAAGCUCAUCUGGAAUCUUUAAGAAAGAAUCUGACUCUGUUAUUUAAUGUCUUACAUACCUCCACCAGACUGAACUUGCUUUCAGAAGUUUAAGCAAGUUUUCCUUUUAUAUAAAUUGCAAAUUUCUUAUUUUUUUAAUUACAUACUAGGAAUAGCACAAUAAUGAGGAGCUAGAACCCUUAUUACUACAAGAACCAUUUUCUGCCACUGAAUAGCUAGCUGUCUGGUAUUUCCAUGAGUGUGGGGGCAGAGACUCUGGUAUAUGAAAACUUACUUCGGAAAGUCAAAUAUUGUGAGCAUUGAUGCUAUCUCAGUAAAAAGCAACUCUGGAAACUGUGAAUGCUAAUAAGCUUGUACAAAUAUUUAAAAAUACCUCAAGCUAUAGUGAAAGGGUUGCAAUUUGGUUAGGACUGGAAAUAUUGUCAAUUGUCUCACGUGAUGUUUUUAAUUCCGGUAUCUCUGUUUUAAUUUCUUCUGCUACUGGGAAACUUUUCACAAGAUUGAAGCCUGAAUUCUAGGUAAUGUCAGAUUUCCCUAAACCUCAAGUCUGUGUUAAAGCUGCUUGCCUGCUGUUAAAUAAGAUCUGAAAUUAAGUUAUUCCACCUUUUCCGGUGUCCAGGGAGCUUCCAGGAGCAGACGGUAGCACCGUGUUCAGAUUCGUGCACGACACAGAAGGGAUCCUGGUCAUAAGGGCAGAGCAAUUCGGGAGGCAGGCAUUUCUUCCUCCUCCAUUUGUUCCCUUUUGGUUUGCAGUGUGUUUUACUCAAGUAGCCAGAAACCCCCAAAUUUCUGAACUUGUUUCAAGUGUAACAAUAAAGUGAAAUAGAAUGAAUGAAUGAGAUUCUGACCAUUUCACAUAGAAUUUUUCUGAUUUCAGGAUUUGUUAGCACUAGGAUGUGACAUUUCCACAGAGUCUUACUGAGCAUGUUAUCAAGUUGUCAGUUUCAGGUACAAAUGGGGGAAAAAAUAUUUGUAUUCAUGCAGAAAAUAUUUCUGAUAGAAAUAGUUGCUCAAAUUCACUUAUAAAAUUAAUAGGUCUUGAAAGAUUAAAAGCACUUAGAGAAUUUCUGUAUUUCCAAAACUUUCUGGCAAAAUUUGCACUCGUUGGUAUUUAUCCCAGCACACUCCCCAUUAACAUUCCCAGAUUUUUACUAUUUAUGCAAAGACACUUGCAUAAAUGUAUUAUUUUUAAUAUUUAAUUUUAAUUUUUAAGGUUUUUUAAAAUUUAAAAUUAUUUAAAUUUAAUUUUUAAUUUUAAUAUUUAAAAGUAUUGUUUUAAAGACCUAAAAUUAAAACCAAAGUCAUGCCAUGACCUAUACUCAUCUACAAAAAUAAAACUCAUUUACAAAAAAUAGGAAUACUUUCCUAAUCCUCAGUGUUUCUUAUUUAUGUCUUUGAAAGUUAAUAUGCAAAGUAUAUUUAAGUCCUAAGUAUAAAUGUGUAUUAGAGCUUCCUCAAAUGUAGCUUGUUAACUUGGGAAGAAUGCUGUCUUUUCUAAAGCACCUCCAGGAUCCAUCUGUUUUGAACUUCUCUGUAAGGACAGUAACUUAAUCUCUUAUCUCUCUACUUUUUCUUCCAGCAUCUAAUCUUUCUUUGUCUUUAGCUGUAACCUGAAGAACAUAUGGAUUUGUAGUUGUGGAUGGGGGUGAGGGGGCAGGCCACAUAAGGGGCUAGAGGGAAGUGAGUUGGUUAAUAAAACAGCUAGAAAACCCAGAAGUUCAAAGUAGGAAUGCUAAAUGUGCAAUUUAUUUUUAAUAGGAUUUUAAAUGAUUGUUGAUUUUUUCAUAUUAGGAAACUUGGGUAAUUUGUCUUUUGGAAGGUUAUGUCGCUUAAAAAACAACUAUAUUUUGACCGUUCUGCCCUUUCAUAUUCUUAUUUUAAGUUUUUAGAAAAUGUCUUAGGGGGCAUCUGGGUGGCUCAGUCAGUUAAGUGACAAAUCUUGAUUUCAUCUCAGGGUCAUGAAUUCAAGCCCCGCAUCAGGCUCCAUGCUGGGUGUGGAGUCUGCUUGAGAUUUUCUCUCUCCCCCCUUGUCACCCAAGCACCCAUGCUCUU